CGGGGCAGCGGGAGGCGCAGGGAUCUGCGUGCCGUGCCAGCGCCGCAGGCCGGAGCCGCGGUAGAGACGUCGAAGGAUGCUGAGCUGCGGCUUGACAAACUGAAACAUGACUGAUACAGAUGAACCCCAGACUUCUGGCUCUGAUUACCCUGAUGCCCAAGUGCUGAUCAGCCCUCAGCAGCAGGAGCCAUCUGAGGUGUGUUUAUGGCAAAGGAAUACAGGAACAGAGCGGUCAAGGCAGAAGGUGGCUGUUCCUCGGGAGUCUUCAGAUCAUCCUAAGAGCAUGUGUAAAUCAUCAGCUGCUUCAUCUGAGGUUUUACUGAUCAGCAGUGAUUCAGAAAGUGAUGUCUCUGAUGCUCGUCCUGAGUGCUCCAUUGCACCUUCAAAGCAGAAAAGGCGAUCUCAAUAUUCAAGGCAACAAGCUGAAUCUGUUACAGAAGUACCUGACAAUGAAAGCUCCUCAGAUUCUUCACUGUCUCCUCAAAGUCCAGGGAAAUCAUUAGACGUUUCCAAGCAGCAAAAGUCAAAACUCAAUUUGAAGGCCAUUUUUGCUUAUCACUUCAGGGGAAGGAAGUUCAAAGCAGCCGCACACAGAAAAUACAAAAUUUACGCACGGAAGAGCAAGAAGAAAAAGUAUGAGAGCACACACAUGCCCACAGGGAGGCCCCCACUAACAGCCUCACCACAGGAACAAAAGAGGAGGCUCCUAGACAGAGGUUUUCAAUUCCCUUUUGUUGAAAAACAUUAUGGGAAGAAGCAUAUUCCCUUAAAGAUGGUUCUUGGCUAUGAGCAAGCAGCUGCAAAGGGAUAUUUCAAGUAUAUUGAAGUGCUUAAAUAUGAAGAACAUCUUAAAAAAGCUUUAAAAGCCCUUCAGGCCAGUGAUGACUUAGAAAAAGAGUGUAUGGUGUUACGGAAACACAAAUACUUAGAUGAUGAUGGCCCCAUUUCCCCUAUUCAGGAGACGGACGAUGAUGAUGAGGAGAGCUUGAAUUCUGAUACUGAGGAACAACUUGAUGCCAGAGUAGUGGAGAACAGCUCUUUCAUUCUAAGCAGCACAAUUCCCAGUAAAAAAAAGUCAAAGCCAAGAAGAAAACGUGCAAAACCACCUGAAGUGAUUGAAAUAGAGGAUGAAGAAGAUGGUGCUGAAGGGAACUCUGUGCCUCUGCAGGGUUCACCUCGGUGAACAGCAGAUGGACCAAUGAGGUGGCAGUGGUUGUUCUUCAGAUGCCUCUCUUGGGCCUGUUUGGUUUAAAACAUUGCUCUGGAGUCAGUGUUCAGCUCUCCACCCAGAUGCCUAGGCACAUUUGGCUUAUUUUUAUGUUGCUUUUGGAAGAUGAAAUACCUCUUGGUUUUCUUGCUGCAUAAGAUGAGCACAGUCGCACUGCAGCAGCAGCUGUAAUUGCUUGAUUACAGGACCUCUUCAAUUCUUAUGGCUGUUUGCUGACCUGAUUCACAAAUCCUUUACUUCAGUGGACAUCUGUGCAACAUGGAAGCAAAAGAGGGGCAUCCCUGUGAUGUGUGGAACAGAUUAGAAAGCCUCUACUCAAGUGAAGUGCAUCUUAUGUCCAGUCUGAACGAGCAUUUUGGUACUUAGAGAAAAUAAAGGAAAUGCAGGCUGCUGUUUCACAGAAGUCUGAAGCUGCUUCAAGGGUGCUUGAGGAUACAGAAUGAAGUGAACUGCCCCAAGUUAAAAAAGAUGGAAGCAACUUGUUUGACAGGGUCUGCCACCAAGUUGCUGUGUGUCAGAGGGAUAAGAAACACCAUGUGGGAGCUGCCAAAGUGAGGGUGAAGGAUGCCGUGGACACUCGGUGUGUGCUAUGGUCUAUUUGUGAGGAGAUAAUGCCUCGUGUACUCAGGCUCCUGGGCUGAGGAAGGGCCUUACCCUGCUGCCAUGGAGUUUUCUGAUGCUGAUGUAGAGGAGAGGCUACUCCAUUCCAUUCUGAAGCAGUAACUUGCAGCAUGAGGCAUUAAGGAACAGGGCUGCUACAAUUGUGGUUUGAGCAGUCCUGCAGCCCACUUGCUGCUUGUGUGUCCAGAGAAGGGCAGUGGAGCUGGGGAAGGGUGUGGAGCACAGGUUUGAUGAGGAGCAGCUAAGGGAGAUGGGGUUGUUAAGCCUGGAGGAACGAAGGCACAGGGGGAGCCACCACUUUGUACAGCCACCUGAAAGGAGCUUGUGGUGAGGUGGGGGUUGGUCUGCCAAUUAACAAGCAGUAGGAUGAGAGGAGGUGACCUCAAGUUGUGCCAGGAGAGGUUUAGAUUGGAUAUUAGAAAAUUUUUAUUUGGAUUGAAAAUGCUAAUAGAUAUUUUUCCUCUCUUAGAUCCUGCUGAUGUUGCUGCAAGCCUGCUCCAAUGAACUGCACAGCUAUUCCAAAUAAAGAACCUUCUCUAGA